ACAAAGCCCACAUUGGUCAUCUCAUUCUUAUAUCUGUUAAGCGCUUGGAAAAUUUUUCUCAGCUUCUGAAUUAGCAUACAAAAAAACAUGGAGGCGAAGAGUCAAUCCCCAUAUCCUUUGGUACCGGCUGCCAAUGGCCAUGAACGAAGUGACGAAGAGUCUGUCGCGGCUCACUCGAAAGAGCUAAAGAAAAAGAAGCGAAUGAAGUGCCUGUUGUAUAUAGUAUUAUUUGCUGUGUUCCAAACCGGAAUCAUAUUGCUUUUUGCCUUAACGGUUAUGCGCAUCAGAAACCCAAAGUUCCGGGUGCGGUCAGGUUCAUUUACAACUUUCAACGUUGGAACCGAGGCUUCCCCUUCGUUUGAUUUGCAAAUGAAUACUCAAUUCACGGUAAAGAACACAAACUUUGGUCACUUUAAGUAUGAAGGUGGUCUUGUCACGUUCGCGUACAGGGGCACACCGGUUGGCCGGGCCACUAUUCAGAAGGCUCGAGCCAGGGCUAGAUCAACGAAAAAGGUUGAUGUUGUGGUGGAGUUAAGCUCCAACGGUUUGCCAAAUACUAAUGAGUUGGGAAGAGAUAUUAGCGCCGGGGUUCUAACCCUCACUAGCUCUUCAAAGUUGGAUGGGAAGAUUCAUCUCAUGAAGGUGAUCAAGAAGAAGAAGUCUACCCAAAUGAAUUGUACCAUGGACGUUGCCAUUGACACAAGAACAGUACGAAAUAUUAUAUGCAAAUGAUAUGCUAUGUUGUUUAGGUUAUGGAUUUCCAUUUUUGCCCUGCUAUUUUGUUUUCCUUUUCACUUUCUUGGUAAUAUUGUGUGUUUCUUUGUCUUUUAUUUUCCUUUUGCACCAAGGGAGACAUAUAUGUUUGUUGAUAUAAUUAUAGUCUCCCGCGUGUCUAUUCUUUUUUGUU